CUCCCAGAAAUUUCCAGAGCAACAGAGAAAAUACGAAUAGAGUAGCCUGAUAUUCUUCUUUUAAUGUGCUUGACAUCUAAUGACAGAAUGAGAAAGAACAUAGAAGUCUUAUUUUUAUUUUUUUGCCUAAUUGUGUUUCAGUGUAAUGCAGAAGACAAAUCUCCAUCAAGUCACUUUGAAUCUGCACUGGAGGGAACGGAAAUUUCUAUGGGACAUCACGACCCUAAAGAUAAGGGUCUCCCAAAAUCAGUGGGCGAGAAUCAACCAAUAAAACAAACUGAAGAUGAAACAGAGAUGACAGGAAACGGCAACAAAAGAAAGGAUGAGGAAGAUGAGGAAGAGGAGAGUGUGGAGGAGGAAAAAGAACAAAGUGACCCUGUUACAACUGAGAUCCCUGCAACAACAAACACUGCUCCAGAUGAUACCUACACUUACUUCUUGUCGAGACUUGCAGAUAUGGAUGCAGCAAUCCAUCGCCUGAAUGUAGCAUACUACACUUUGGAUGUUAAGAUGUCUCAGCUGUCAAAUAAGGUGUCCAAUGUGGAAUCCAAAACUGGAGGAAUGGAACAGAAGAUAGAGGAGAUUUUUCACAUCAGUAAAGAGAAUCAGAAGGAGAUUGGACGAAUUGAAGGCUGCCAAAAAGGCAUUCGCUCAGGGUACAAGUGUUUCCUGAUCUAUCGCUCCUAUGAGAAUUUUACCAGUUCCGGAGAAAAAUGCAAAGAAAAGGGCGGUAGAAUGGCCAUGCCAAAAGACCAGCCCCAGAUUGCUACACUAGCACAAUUUGCCCGUCAGCUUUUCCAUCCAGGAAACUGGCCUGUGUGGCUUGGGAUCUCAGAUCAGCGAUCAGAAGGCCUGUAUCUCUUUGAAGAUGGCAUUCGUGUCACUUUCUUCCAGUGGCGGAAGCAUAUCCACUCCAGUCAGCCAGAUGGAGGAAGAAGAGAAAACUGUGUGGCCUUUUCCACUGAUGAUGGGGACUGGUGGGAUAAUGACUGUUCAAGACGAAUGUACUAUGCUUGUGAAUUUGAUGUCUUAUAUUAGUAUAACUAGUCAUUUAGCCCAUUACAAUAACGGGCGCUAGAACAGUAGUGCAUAAACAUUAGUAGGAACAGUCUAUAUUAAAUGGCAAGGGACUCUGACCUCAUUCUUUUUGUUGGUCGUAUUUUUCUUUCUUUCGGCCUUUCUUUUGUUGAUGUUUACUUGCUGAGCUGACCGUUCUUCGUGGGCUGCCACCGUGUAUUGU